AUGAAUUCGAUAACAACCACCGUGCCCCUUAGGGCAGCCUCCCUUCCGAAGUCCUACCUGCACCUCACACUCCGAGGAUGCACAGGUUCUGUUGCCACAGCUGGACUACGAUGCAGCAGUCCAUUGCUAGCCAGCAGAAUCAACCAUCAGAACACCAAGCGUUUCAUCUCAUCGACGCCGCAGACACAAACGAAGGAAUUCUUCCCUCCACCAAAUGCGCCUCACAUCAAGGAGGUAGAGACGGCUUGGGCCCACCCUGUUUAUACCGAAGAACAGAUGCGCCGGGUCACAGUUGCUCACCGGGAAACGAAGGACUGGGCAGACUGGGUAGCUCUCGGCACCGUUCGAUUGCUUCGAUGGGGCAUGGACUUUGUAACCGGGUACCGACAUCCUCCUCCGGGCAAAGAACAUGAGGCCAAGUUCCAGAUGACCGAGCAGAAAUGGCUCACUCGAUUCGUCUUCCUGGAGAGUGUUGCUGGUGUGCCAGGAAUGGUUGGAGGCAUGUUGAGACAUCUAAGGAGCCUGAGACGGAUGAAGAGGGACAAUGGAUGGAUCGAAACUUUGCUCGAGGAGGCAUACAAUGAACGCAUGCAUCUGCUCACUUUCUUGAAACUCGCCGAGCCAGGGUGGUUUAUGCGACUCAUGGUCCUUGGCGCACAAGGCGUCUUCUUCAACGGCUUCUUCCUCUCCUACCUCAUGUCGCCCCGCAUCUGCCACCGAUUCGUUGGCUACCUUGAAGAAGAGGCAGUGCUCACCUACACUCGAGCAAUUCAAGAUAUCGAACACGGCAAACUUCCCAAGUGGACCAAGCUGGAAGCCCCGGAGAUUGCCGUUCAAUACUGGAAGAUGCCUGAGGGCCAGCGGACUAUGAAGGACCUGUUGAUGUAUGUCCGCGCGGAUGAGGCCAAGCACCGUGAAGUGAACCACACGCUCGGAAACUUGAAUCAAGCCGCAGACCCCAACCCGUACUCGGUCAAGUACAAGGACCCAAGCAAAGCCCAUCCUGGUAAGGGCAUUGCGAAUCUGAAAGCAACGGGGUGGGAGAGAGAAGAGGUGAUUUGA